AUGCCGCGCGCCGAUCGCGAAUUCGUGCUGAAAAGCGUCAUUGAGAAUGUGUUGGCGAUGAAGGAAAACGAGGAUUUUUUGGGCGAGCCAGCGGAAUAUUUCAAUGUUCCAUGGGUCCUUGUUUUCCGCCGAGAAAACGGACACCUCUCGCUUUCUCUCAAAUGCCUUCUGGACGACGAAAAAGCCCAAAUUGCGCCUAAUUGGGCAAUUAAGGCCGAAGUGGAGCUGGCGGUGAAAUCGGCCAACGGGGCGACCGCGAAAAAGAAGGAAACCUUCAGUUUUGGCUCGGAAAUCCCAAAAAAUGCCUAUGGAUUUCAAAUUUUGGACUGGAAUUCGCUUCAGAACAAAUACGCGAUCGAUGGGAAGAUUUUGGUCCAGGCCAAUGUCUCAAUUAAGGAAAUGGCGGGAAUUUCGAAAAAGGAUUUGCGAAAUUUCGACUAUUCGAAGAGAGAAUGGGCUGAUGCAGUCGUAAAAGUCGAGGGAAGAGAGUUCCACGUGGCAAAAUUGGACCAAUGCCUCUCCCGGACACACACGAUCGCCGAGAUUCGAGCAGUUCUUCCUGGAAAUCUCGAAGAUUUGGAUCAUUCUGUCAUGGCCGCGCUGUUCCAGAAAACGCUGUCUCAUCAUGCGAUUUAA